GCGCCGCGCAGCGCCGGGCUUUGUAGGGCGCGGCUCGGGCAGAGCGCACAGGGAGGGGAAGUGCUCGCCGGUCCUCCCGCCCCUCCGCGGGGUCUUUCUUGCGCGGGGAGCGAGGAAGACUGAAAGUAGAAUUUAACAAAGGGAAGGAGGCAGGGAGAGUUACCCCGCCGGCCAAGGAGAGGUACUCAUCCUGGAAAUCGCGAGCGAUUUUCCUAACCGUUCUCAAAACAUUACUUAAAGAAACCCCAAAUGACGGUGAGCAGCAUAGAUGAGCUAAAUCUGAUAAAGCAGAUGACUUUGUACUCUCCAAGUUGGUCCGUGCACAUCUCUAGCCUCUACCGAAUGUACUUUUAUUGCUCUGCAAUCAACUUUUCGAUAUUGUGGAUGUGAUGAGCCAGGAGCCAGCCUCGCUUUUGCUGGCAGAGCCAGGGGGCGAAGCUGCCGGCGUGGAUGCUUUCACAGAGAGAAUAAAUCAGCACCUCGCCUAAGGACAAUGCACUUUGGGAUGAGAAGCAGUGGCCCGGGCAGCACAUCAAAAGGAGAAAAAGCCCAGCAGAACUUUCCCCAGUUCGGUUUUUGGUGGGUUUGAUGUUUUUUGGAUUUGGAUAAAAAUAAAGGUCAAUUUCCAGCAUCUGUUCGGAGCCUCACAGGAUGUUCACCAGGGAGCUCCCAGCAAUUAGCAGCCAUGUUCUAGUAGACCUGUGGUCUUUGCCACCCACUCCCAACCCUGUGACACCGCUAAGGACACCAACUUUCUAGCUACAUACGUAAGAUCUGGUAUAGCACAGAACAAAGUCAGGGACUGCCAGCCUCCUGGGUUUGUUCCUCUGUGGCAUUAAGAGCUUAGGAUUCCAUCAGGCUGCAGAAAGUCAUCAGUCCCCAUCGGCACUGGCAGACUUGGCAGCCCUGUGCCCACAUUCUGCUGCUGAAGAGCACUUGGUACCUGGCUGGGUAAAAAGUAACAACCCAAAGCGCAACCACCCAAAUGCUCGCUGUGGUUCUGCAAAGAAAAACUUGCAGAACAGGCUGACUCAAAGUACAGAGGUAUUUAAGGCAAUAAGCCACAGUUGUAAGAUCCUAGAGCAAAACCUUAAAGCGGCUACACACAAAGGCUUUAACGUUUAAAUCGGGAACGCUUGUGCUCCUUAUGCGGAGUGCUGCUGAUACCCUGCAAGCAACGGCAGCAGUGCAGCGAAGUGUCACUCAGCCAAGAAUGAUGUGGGACAACCAAAAGCAGUUUCAGUGCAGUGCCAAAUCCCAGCUCUUUGGUAGAAGAACUCUGUAUUUUGUUUUCCUCAUUCAAUAGUUAUCGGUACUUUAAAUUUCUCCUGAGACAAAGAAAUCUUUUUCUGCCAGAUAGUUGAAUAAGCCAGAUAAAAAUAGGAGAGAAACUUUGUUUGGAGCAUUGUGCAAGUCCACAGACACUGCAGGAAUCAUUUGGAGUAUAUUUCAUUUUAUCUGGGUGUGUUGGGAAGGGUACAGUGAAUUGCUAAACAUAGGUUCCCUUUUGCCUUGCACAGAUAAAUAGUUCUGCAUUGAGAAAAGGGGCUGAGUUUAUUAUGCUUAAUACUGGAGCUUUAUAGAUACUAGGUGCUCACAUUUCCUAGGUGUAGCAAGGCAAAACUGCUCUGCUUCUAUUAAACACUGUGACUUGCGGGUACAAGGAUUAGUGCUGUUAGGUAGUAAACACUAUUUCCUAAAUCCUGAACUAGCUCGAAGUAACUAACAAUCAGAGUGGGCACAAAAGACCUUUUUGCUCGGGCUUGGUUAGAUACAUUUCCUCUGCUGAAGCCGCAGCAAACUUCCUGCAGGGAUACAAGCUGGUACGGAUGCCAAGUUUUUCCUCUGGAAAAAAAAGAAUAAUUCAGACCUCCGCAUUGUCAGCCCGCAUCCCCUGCAUCCGGGAAGGAUUUUAACCAGCUUUCCUCACACUGGCAUGCUUUGUAAUAACUGAGUUAGGCUCUUGCUCUUGCAUAGUGGCAGUGCACAUUUUAUUGAAUACUUGGACUUUUUGAGAAGCCAUUCUGUUAUUUUAUUGCAUUCUUCACGUACCACUAUACAUGAGAAUUGAAGAACCAAGAACCACCCUGCAACAUCUGAGCGGCAACUUUUCAGCGGAGACGUGCUGCAGGAGAGGGGCUGCAGAGCUUCCAGCUGGCGUCUUUGUGUGAAAGGGAUUAUUUGGGGCCACCAAUGGAUUUUCUGCGAUGGAAGGAGGCAGGAGAGGGUGCUGGUGCCAGAAGAAAAGAAUGAUUGACGGGAAACAGACACCAGACUGUAGACACUCACCCCUUUGCUUCAGAUACCGAUUUAUCAGUACAUCUGGGCAUCCCCUGUGAGCCGUGAACACGGAGGAUCACUCAGGGUUAUCGACAGUGUAGCUGAAGACCCACAACUUCACAAAUUAUUAUCUACUGUUGGACAUCUUUUACAAGAAGCCCUGACAAAUAAAUUAUAAGACAAAGGACAAGCUCUACGUUGCUGUGAAAGGCUGUCACUGGGGUCUGUGUGGCUUCUACCAAAGUCUUCAACGUAAUAAAGCAAACGCUGUAUCCUAAUGCCUCACGUUUGAGUUGGAACCUAUUUUAUGAAAUAUAUACAUGCAUAUGUACAUAUAUGUAUAAUCUAUAGACUGAACGUACGUCAGUACUGAGCAUCCUCACGAAGGUGAUCUAAAAGGAUUUAGAAAUGUAUUUGUCGAGAUUUCUGUCACUUCACGCCCUCUGGGUCACCGUCUCUUCCAUGAUGCAGCAUUAUCCUUCCGUGUGGGGACAUUACGAUGUGUGUAAGACUCAGAUUUACACAGAAGAAGGAAAAGUAUGGGAUUACAUGGCCUGCCAGCCAGAAGCCAGAGACAUGAUCAAAUACGUAAGAGUGACUCUGGAUCCCCCAGAUAUAACGUGUGGAGAUCCUCCUGAGACUUUCUGUGCAAUGGGAAACCCCUACAUGUGCAAUAAUGAAUGUGAUGCAAGUACCCAAGAACUGGCUCACCCUCCGGAACUGAUGUUUGAUCUUGAAGGAAGACAUCCAUCCACAUUUUGGCAGUCCACAACAUGGAAGGAUUAUCCAAAGCCUCUUCAUGUCAAUAUUACACUCUCCUGGAACAAAACCAUUGAGCUGACAGAUAACAUAGUUAUCACUUUUGAAUCUGGCCGUCCAGACCAAAUGAUCCUGGAGAAAUCCCUCGACUAUGGACGAACAUGGCAGCCCUACCAAUAUUAUGCCACAGACUGUUUAGAUGCUUUCCACAUGGAUCCAAAAUCAGUGAAGGAUUUAUCACAGCAUACAGUCCUAGAAAUCAUUUGCACGGAAGAAUACUCUACUGGAUAUAUGACAAACAGUAAAAUAAUCCACUUUGAAAUCAAAGAUAGAUUUGCUUUUUUUGCUGGACCUCGGCUUCAUAAUAUGGCUUCUCUUUAUGGCCAGCUUGACACAACCAAGAAGUUGAGAGAUUUCUUUACCAUCACAGAUCUGAGGAUAAGAUUGCUUAGACCAGCAACUGGAGAAAUAUAUGUAGAUGAGCAACACCUGGCACGGUACUUUUAUGCCAUCUCAGACAUAAGGGUAUAUGGAAGGUGUAAGUGCAACCUUCACGCUACUGGCUGUAAAGAAGAAAACAAAAGACUACUUUGCGAAUGUGAGCAUAACACAACUGGCCCAGACUGUGGAAAAUGCAAGAAGAAUUACCAGGGCCGACCAUGGAGCCCUGGUUCUUAUCUGCCUAUACCUAAGGGCACUGCUAAUAUCUGUAUACCCAGUAUUUCCAGUAUUGGUAAUCCUCCAAAGUUUGAUAGGAUAUGGCCGAAUAUUUCUUCUCUUGAGGUUUCUAAACCAAAUCAAGUUGCUCCCAAAUUAUCUAUGACAACUGUUUCUUCUGUUCAAGUUGCAAACCACAAGAGAGACUGUGAAUGCUUCGGGCACUCCAACCGGUGCAGUUACAUCGAGCUGCUCAAUACGGUCAUUUGCGUGAGCUGUAAGCACAACACUAGAGGUCAGCACUGUGAGUUAUGCAGGCUGGGCUACUUCAGAAAUGCUUCUGCAGAGCUGGACGAUGAAAAUGUGUGCAUAGACUGUUAUUGUAACCCUUUUGGUUCAGUCCAUGAUCGCUGUAAUGACAGAGGAUUUUGUGAGUGUAAGGAGGGAGCAUCAGGGCCUAAAUGUGAUAAAUGUCUGCCGGGAUAUAUCUGGCACAGCUUGGGCUGUCAACCAAAUGUGUGUGACAAUGAACUCCUGCACUGCCAGAAUGGAGGGACAUGCAUCAACAAUGUGCGGUGCCAGUGCCCUCCGGCCUACACUGGCAUCUUAUGCGAGAAGCUUAAGUGUGAAAGGGAUCCAGGAGGCUGCAGCCAAAGCUCCGCCCAGGGGGCAAUGUCACACUGUCCCUUAUUACUGCUGAUGGCCCUACUAGGAGCAGCUGGGGUUCACAUGUGCUAGGCUUCGUAUGGUCAACGGCAUCGUAUUUGGACUGCUUCAAAAUAACGUGCCACACGAAAAGAAAACAAAAUCCAAGCAUUUGCUACCGAAAUUUCAAAAAGGAAAAAGAGAGAAAAAAAUACCACAUACAAACUAGGAAGGCCUAACUGAACUAAGCCAUAUUAAUCAGUUACGGACAGCGCUCUGAGUCAAGACUGCUCACCACAACCGGAGAUGGGCUGGCAGCUCCUGCUCUGCCCAACCAGUGCCGUCUGCCAGGCUCACAUAGGACAAACAGCUUGGACAGCCCUGAAACAGAAUGGGAAAUAAAGAACAUUUGCUACUCCUCUGCAGUGCGCUGCUGUACCUCCGCCCAGUGUGUGGACCGACCAAAUAAAGGCAUUCUUUGCUGUCAGUGCAUUGUGGGUAUAAGGAAAUCUGUAAAAGCUGCCAUAUUGGCCUGCUUCAGUCCCUGAAUCCUCUCCAACCUGUGCUUUAGUGAACGUUGCUCUGUAACCCUUGUUGGUUGAAAGAUUUCUUUGUCUGAUGUUAGUGAUGCACAUGUGUAACAGCCCCCUCAAUAAAACUCGAGCCAGUCAUAUCCUUGUAUACCUUAGCAGCACUGCAUCAGUACGAUGCCGUGUUCACCUACUGUACAAGAGUGGCUAUAGGACAAAAAGUGUAUUUAUCCUUUUGUAUUCAAAUGAAGUUAUUUUUCUUGAAAUAAUGUACAAUGUAGAUUUUUUGUAUUAUUGCCUAUUUGUGUUACCAGACAAUUUGUUAAUGUAUUUAAUUCUGAUCAGAUAAGAGAAAAAAAAGAUUACUUUUUAUUUAGUCCUUUUCUUUUACCUUUCAUUUAAUUGUGCAGAGAUUUCUCUGUAUGGGCAACGUGCUGGCAUCAAAGAAUAUCAGUUUACAUAUAUAACAAGUGUAAUAAGAUUCCACCAAAGGACAUUCUAUAUGUUUUCUUGUUGCUUUAACACUGGAAGAUUUCCAAGAAUAAAAAUUCCUGCAUAAACAA